AUGGUCGCCUUUGCCUCCGAGGCACGACACAAUCAGAUUAUCGGCGAAUUGGGAGCAGAACAUCAGGAGCAGCUCCGUGCAAUGUGCAACAGUGGGCUUGCAGAAGUAACCAAGUUGAGGAAUGAAUUGGGCAAUGCUAACAUUGCGUUGUCGAUUCAGAGAUCUGAAAUGGGUCAAGGUGAAGCUCGUUUCCAGCAAACCGAAAGCGCGAGGGAACUCGCUGUCCUUGAAGCCAACAGGCAAGCUGAAGCUGCCCGUAGAGCUGUAGAGGAAGCUAACAACAACGCCAGGCGCCUUCGCGAAGUGGAAACUUCUGCCCGUCAGAAUGAUGCAAUGCGAUCACAUGAGGUCGCUGACAUGUCAGCUCGAAUGGAUGAACUGAUGAGGCAGCUUCAGGCCCAGCGUCAGCAGACCGAGGUGACACUCCGACAGAACAGGCUACGGACGCCGGAAGGCGAACCCCUCCGGAAGGUUCUAGCCCUGGUGGCAGUGGUGGCGGACCCGAUGGUAAACGGCCCCAGUGGCGGUGAUGAUGACCAUGAUCGUCACGAUCGGAAGUCCAAGAAGGAUAAGAAGCAUAAGAAGAAGAAGAAGAAGAAGAAGAAGUCGCGCAGGAGAAUGAAAGCUACUGAGAAUGACGACUCUGUUGAAGAUGAAGUUGGCAGGGACUACAUAAUCAUUGGUGUUUGGAUUUUCAGCGGGAUGACUGGGGUCACAAAGUCUGUUGAUCGUCAUGCUCAGCUGAUCAAGUACCUGAUUGCCUUCAUGAAGUCAAGAGGGUUGAAAGACACCUUCACGUCUAUCUGCAUCAAUCACGGUGGCAAUCGCCGAGUGCACCGAGAUUUGUUGAAUCAUGACAACUCACUUAACCACACUUUACGUGUUGGGAGCUAUCAAGGUGGUUCCGUAUGGGUUGAGCAGAAGGACGAUUUUCCCGUGUUUCGCAGUGGGAAGUCAAAGUGCGUCAAGGUUACGGGGGGACUUGAAGUCAAUGGGAGAGUCUAUGACACUCAUGAUCGAAUGUUAUCCUUCCACCCCAAGCUUUGGCAUCAGGCACAGUCUUGGACAGGUGAUCGAUGGACCAUCACUGCAUAUACGAAUAUACGAUUCGGGAUACAGAUGGUUUGA